AUGUUAUCAAGCCUGCUGUGGGUACUCGGUUUCACGGGGCUGCAGGGGGUACUGAGGGUACCCGGGGUUAGGGAUGAAAUAGGGGAGGGUAGUGGGGUGUCCAUGAUGGUGGUGGUGGCCGCCAUGAUGGUGGUGGUGGUCAUGGCUGUGGUGGUGGUGGCUUGGGGGCUUAGGGAGAGCGACUGGCGGGCAGGUAGUGGUGGUAGUUGGCGGGGGGACAGGGAUGGGGAUGAAGACAGGAGGGGGAGGGGGAGGAGGAAGGGGGCGGUGGUGGUGGUGGUGGUCAUGGCUGUGGUGGUGGUGGCUCGGGGGCUGGGGCUGAGGAGCCGGAGGGCAGGUAGUGGUGGUAGUUGGUGGGGGGACAGGGAUGGGGAUGAAGACGGGAGGCGGAGGAGGAGGAGGGUGGUGGUGGUGGUGGUCGUGGCUGUGGUGGUGGUGGCUAGGAGGCUGGGGCUUAGGAGCCGGAGGGCAGGUAGUGGUGGUAGUUGGUGGGGGGACAGGGAUGGGGAUGAAGACGGGAGGACGAGGAGGAGGAGGGUGGUGGUGGUGGUGGUCGUGGCUGUGGUGGUGGUGGCUCGGGGGCUGGGGCUUAGGAGCCGGUGGGCAGGUAGUGGUGGUAGUUGGCGGGGGAACAGGGAUGGGGAUGAAGAUGGGAGGAGGAGGAGGAGGAGGGUGGUGGUGGUGGUGAUGAUGGCCGUGGCUGUGGUGGUGGUGGCUCGGGGGCCUGGGGUGAGGAGCCGGUGGGCAGGUAGUAGUGGUAGUGGGUGGAGGAACUGGAAUCGGGACAAAGAUUGGUGGGGGCGGAGGAGGAGGAUGAUGAUGAUGAUGAUGUGGAUGAUGAUGCGGAUGGUGAUGGAAUUGCUCAAAAGAGUGGGAGAACUGGGGGAAAUGGGAGUCUGCAGCCUGCGAGGACUGGAGGAACUGGUUGAACAACUUGUCUAG